AUGGUCUUACCGGAUCAGGCUAGGAGCAGGCUUUGUACCGCUCAAAACAAAUGUUUAUUUCUAGGUAGAAGCUGUGGCGCUGCCCGAGAAACGAGCUCCUGGGAAACUUGGAUCAAAGUACGAACUCGUGACCAACUUGACUGCCAUACUAACAAUUUCACGACCACUUCAGAAUUGAAGCCAAAUGUGCCGUAUUACAAGUACGACGUGCGCAUGUACAUCGUGUACAAGGGGAAUGAUGGACGAGAGCACUUGAAGGAACUAACCAAGCAAACGAAAGACGAUUUCCCUGAACAGGAACGCAAAGUCGCCGCGGUAGCUGUAUACAAGCAUAUUUUGAAGUCUUUCGCAGACGUUUUCCCUAAGGAUGGGACUUUCUUCUAUGACAGGGCUGCUGUUCUCUUUUCAGCUCAGAGGGAACUUAAACUCGGAGGAGAGGAAAAAGUGAUGAUGUUGCCCGCAAGUCUGGUGCCAGCUGCCGGUAGCGAUGCUAUGGGUAUUCGUGUCGUCAUCAAAAAGGUCACUGAUGGAUACCAAGUAAGUUCAGUUAGCUUGUCGGCUGUGAAUGUCCGUGACUGCGAACGUGACAAAGGCAUUCUCGAAGUGCUGAACCUCGCAGUGGCGCAAAAAGGGUACACGGAGACGGACCAGUUUGUGACGUAUGGCUCCGGAGUUCACUACCUAUAUGACCAUCGUGACCUGGGCUUCAGGGAUAGUGAGCUGCCUAACCUCACGGAUGGGAAGUAUUCGGGGAUUGGAGUGACAAAGGCAGUGAAGGUUCUUGAAGGAGAAGGUAGCAAAACAGGAAGCGCCUUUGUUGUUACAGACGUAACCAAAGGUGCGUUUCAUGUGGAUGAACAGAACCUGCUCGAGAAAAUCUCGCAACUGUCCAUUUUUGUUGAUCCACGGACCGGCCAAUCAACAUUCACCGUGAAGGCAGCAAUGCAGCCGUACAAUAAGGAAAACAUUUUGAAGCAAAUCAAAGGUCUGUAUGUCAGAACGACGUAUGGAAAGAAAAAGACUUUUCCGAUUGGAAAUCUUGCGGAUGCUGCCAACGUAUUGAAGUUUGAAACUGCUGAUGGCAAGCAGUUAACAGUUGAGCAGUACUUUAAAGAGCACUAUAACAUCCAACUGAGGUAUCCAGGAUUCUUCACAGUGUCGGAGAGGCACAAUCCGCAUAGCCACUAUCCUGUUGAACUGCUCACAGUUGCACCUUCGCAGCGAGUCACACUUCAGCAGCAGACGCCCGAACAAGUUGCCUCCAUGAUCAAGGCAUCGGCGACGCUCCCCGAUAACCGUUUGCAUCAAACCAGGAAAAUGAAGGACGCCUUGGACAUCACUCCACGUAAUCCAAACCUCGCUAGUGCAGGCAUCAGUGUUGCGAAAGAAUUCACGACCGUCACUGGCCGUAUCCUACCGGCACCAACCAUCGUCUAUGCAGGGUCACAAAGCGUAAAACCAACGGACAAUUGCAAGUGGAAUGGAGAUCGCUCAAAGUUCCUGGAACCAGCUCAGUUGACGAACUGGGCUGUUUGUGCGACGUUGACGCAGAAUGACGCUCGCCGUUUAAAGAUAAAGUCAGUUGC